AGUCAGAGGACGUCGCCCGAAAUUGUGGAACGUCCUAGCUGCUAUUUUGGACAGAGCCGGGGCUUGAGUCUCUUUUAAGAGACACGAACAAUUCUAGUGCAGAAACAGUGCGCUCCAGAGCUGAUAUUACACCACGGCAGUACUCCGACUGAAGUCGUAUCGUUGCAGUAAAGCCUGUGUGAGCCAUGCUGCGACUUGUUAGAGGCCAGAGCAGGAGGGUGAAUGGUUGUGUGUGCAGCCAGUGGAGGAUGAGUCAUCACAAGACUGUGAUGGCUAUCCGACGGGAGGACGUUAAUGUGUGGGAGAGACGAGCCCCUCUUGCCCCACAACAUGUGAAGGAAAUCACUGCAGCAGGCCACAAAGUGCUGGUGCAGCCCUCCAACAGACGAGCCAUCCACAAUAGAUUCUAUGAGAAAGCAGGAGCCAUUAUACAGGAGGACAUAUCCGAGGCUUCUCUCAUCGUCGGUGUGAAGAGGCCACCAGAAGAAAAGGUCAUUCCACAAAAAACCUAUGCUUUCUUUUCCCAUACCAUCAAAGCCCAGGAAGCUAACAUGGGUCUUCUAGAUGAUCUACUGAAAAAGGAAGUGCGGCUGAUUGACUAUGAGAAAAUGGUUGACGAAAAUGGAUUCCGAAUUGUUGCGUUUGGACAAUGGGCUGGUGUUGCUGGAAUGAUUAACAUUUUACAUGGGCUGGGUCUCCGAUUCUUGGCCCUUGGACACCACACUCCCUUUAUGCAUAUCGGAAUGGCACACAAUUACAGAAAUGUCAGUCAAGCCAUACAAGCAGUAAGGGAUUGUGGGUAUGAGAUCUCAUUGGGCCUUAUGCCUAAGUCCAUCGGUCCACUCACUUUUGUGUUUACUGGCACAGGCAAUGUAUCUAAGGGGGCACAAGACAUUUUCAAUGAGCUUCCAUGUGAAUUUGUGGAGCCACAUGAACUGAAAGAGGUUUCAGAAUCAGGAGACCUGACGAAAGUGUAUGGUACAGUGAUCAGCAGGCACCACCAUUUAGUUAGAAAAAGUGAUGGGGUUUAUGAUCCCUUCGAGUAUGAACACCAUCCUGAACGUUACACCUCUCACUUCAGAACUAGCGUAGCGCCUUACACAACCUGUCUGAUAAAUGGCAUCUACUGGGAUCCACACACUCCGAGGCUGCUGCGACGACUGGAUGCGCAGAAGCUUAUGAGACCUUCAAAAUCUUUAGCCGCAGCGAUAGAAGGCUGGCCCACCCUGCCACACAAGUUCUUGGCGAUCUGUGACAUUUCUGCAGAUACAGACGGUUCCAUUGAGUUCAUGACAGAGUGCACCACUAUUGAGAAGCCUUUUUGUAUGUAUGACCCCAACCAGCACAUAGACCACGACAGUGUGGAAGGAAAUGGCAUUCUCAUGUGCUCUAUUGAUAACUUGCCGGCCCAACUUCCCAUUGAGGCUACUGAAUAUUUUGGCACACGCUUGUUCCCCUACAUUUGGGAAAUGCUUCAGUCAGAUGCAACAAAAGCACUGGAUGAAGAGAAUUUCUCUCCACAAGUCAGAGAUGCUGUAAUAACAUCUAAUGGGAAGUUGACUUCUAAGUUUGAGUACAUUCAGAAGUUAAGAGAGAAAAGAGAAUCAGAACAGAUCCUGAAGAAAGGCGGGAUGAAACGCGUCUUGCUGCUAGGCUCGGGCUAUGUGUCUUGUCCAAUUGUUGAGUAUCUUACCAGGGAUCCUGGCACCCAAGUCACAGUGGCAUCAGUGCUUCUAAGCCAGGCUGAGAAACUGGCUGCUAAAUACCCAAACACCAUACCUGUGAUGCUUGAUGUGACAAGCCAAGAGGGCCAUCUUGAGUCUCUGGUCAAGGAUCAUGACCUUGUCAUCAGCAUGCUGCCGUAUAACUUUCAUCCUUUGAUAGCUAAGUAUUGCAUCAGUAAGAAGGUGAACCUAGUAACAGCCAGCUACCAAUCUCCAGCCAUGAAAGAGCUCCAGAAGGGUGCUGAGGAGGCUGGCAUCACCAUAGUCAAUGAGAUGGGCCUGGACCCUGGCAUUGAUCACAUGUUGGCCAUGAAGUGCAUCCACCAGGCCAAAGUAGACGGUUGCACUGUGGAGUCUUAUAGCUCUUUCUGCGGUGGUCUACCGGCACCAGAGUGUUCGGACAAUCCUCUGCGUUACAAAUUCAGCUGGAGUCCAUACGGAGUGUUGCUCAAUACCAUCAGUCCUGCCGUUUAUCUAAAGGACAGCAAGUUGGUCACUAUUCCCCCAGGUGGGUCUCUUAUGCAGGCCACCGUGGCCAUGGACAUCUUGCCAGGUUUCAACCUUGAGGGCUUUCCCAAUCGAGACAGCACCACAUACGCUGAACCCUAUGGCAUUGAGUCUGCACACACACUGAUCAGAGGGACUCUACGCUUUAAGGGCUUCUCCAGAGCAAUGAGCAGCUUUGUAAAACUAGGCCUGAUCAACACCGAGCCUUGCCCAGCGUUGGAACACACAGCCGACCCUGUCUCAUGGAAAGAGCUCCUGUGUAAGCAGAUUGGCUUAUCCUCUGAUAUUAGCACUGAGUCUUUUGAAGAAGCUGUGUUCAAUCAAAUAGAAAGGGAUGAGUUCAGGAUGCAAACUCUUAAAUGGUUUGGGAUGCUGAGUGAGGAGCCGGUGCCUCAUGCUAAUACCAUCCUGGAAGCACUCACUAAACACCUGGAGGAUAAGCUGUCUUUUGAUAAAGGAGAAAAAGAUCUGGUCAUCAUGAGGAAUGACAUUGGCAUCAGACAUCCGACAGGAGAACUUGAGAUGAAACACAUCAGUCUGGUGGUCUAUGGAGAUCCUAAUGGCUUUUCUGCCAUGGCCAAAACAGUGGGCUACCCUGCUGCUAUUGCAGCUCGUAUGAUUCUAGAUGGUGAGGUGAACACUAAAGGACUUCUUGUACCAGUAACCAAGGACAUCUAUGCACCUGUUUUGAGGCGACUUGAGCAGGAGGGCAUUCAGUUCAUCACCAAAAGCACAAUAUUAGAUUAAUGUCCUGUAAUUUACUUAUGCUGCUGAUAAAAGGAUAAAAAUCUAUUUUCUUAAUCAACUGUUUUUCACUUUUAUGUAAAGUGUAAUGUGAUCUCCUGAAUGCUUGGGCUGUUUAUAAUACUGUAGUGGCUUUCUACUGUAAAAUUGUUUUAUACUGUAAUGGUUUUAUUUAAUUGUUUUUGCUUGUACUUCAGUAUAUACCUCUUUACAGCCCUCAGAACCCGUGUGCAUAAAGCAGUGAGAAUGACAUGAUGUUUUGAUGUGAAUGUAUUCAAUAUAUUCAACACCAAAAAAAUUUUAUUGACCUCAACUACACCUUUUUGUGAGGCAGAGGACUUUGAUUUCUACAAUUAAUUUUACUGCAAAAGAAACAUUUUUAUACAUUCAUUUAUUUUAUAAAUGAGUUGUAUGUGGAUGUUGUGUGCUAAUGUUUUAAAUUUUUACUUUCUACCGAGCAACAUUUAAAUUAUGAUGGUACAGUGUUUGUUUCAGUAUUUAGCUUUUUUUCAAUAACGUGACUCAUGACACCACUGUAGCUCAGCAGAAAAAAUGGGUGAACUUUUUCCUCUGUGUGCUCUGUUCAUGCAUUGUAGGUUUGUAUUUGUGUGUGUGUGUUUGUGUGUGUGUGUGUGUGCGUGCGCGCACGCGUGUGUGCUUGUUUGCGUGUGCUUGUGCUUGUGCCCUGGCACCCCAUCCUUGCUGUUACACUGGGACAGGCUCCAGGCUUCCAGUGGCAUGAAAAAAUGAAUCUACCCCACUAAACAAACUAGCAUUUUGUCUUAAAGCAUGUACUUGUAUAUUAUUUAGGACCAUUAGACAAACUAUUAUUUAUUUUACGUUACAUUUUUAUUUAAAUUCCGAAUCCGGAUCGCUAUCCUAUAAAACACACACUGGGUAGUUUGUGCAAAUGCUCCAAUGCUGCAGCAGUCCUUUCUGAUUAACACCAAUAUUUUAUUUGUAGCAGUAUUUCAGCUGCUCCAGUCACACAAGUCAUCAAUUCAGAACUCACAUUUCUCAGCUGUAUAGCAGCAUAACUGAUAAGGUGUUUAUCAUGAAAGCCAGUUCAUAAUUAUAUUAGUUACAAAUUGAAUACACUGAUCAGCCAUAACAUUAAAACCAAUGGCAGGUGACUUUGAACAACUCUGAACAACAUUGUACACCUGUAAAUUGAUGACAGGAUCAGGAGCACUGAUGCCUGCAGGAAACAAAGGCUAGUCCAACCGGUUCAAUUUCACUAAAAGGCCAUGGCAGCACAAAUCAGCAAAAAAAAAGUCAGGGCAAUAGAAAAGCACCAGAACACCCAGACAGUCUGCCACAAACAGAGCCCAGCAGACGAAUAGGCCAAGGUCGCCAACCCGGCCUCCAAACUACUGAAAAUGUUGAUAUUUGUAAACUCUUACCUUGGUCUUCCUACGUACAUCUAAACAAGGAUCCAUAUACCAUAUAAAAUCACUAAGUAAAUAACCCUUAAUCAAGCAUCACAAAUAUGAUCCUGGUGUCGUCUUGCACUUUAGAUUGUUUAUACCGCACUACAUCAUGAAACUCAUUAUUGAUGUGUUGUUGAAACGAUUCACUGUUUGCUGCAGUUAUCAGUAAAUUACAGUUUAUUAGUUCA